CAUCACAAAAUCAAAACCAUCUCUCUCUUUUCCAACGUCCGAUCUCCAUAUAUAACAACUCAAUCAAAUCUCUCCUUCUCUCUCUCGUUGCGCGCCAAAUACGACUCUCUCUCUCUCUCUCUACCUUUCUCUCUCUAAAGGAUGGCGGAUGGUCCUGGGAGUCCGGCCGGUGGGAGUCAAAGCGGCGGAGAGCGGAGUCCUCAGUCGAACUAUAAUAUCAGAGAACAAGAUAGGUUCCUUCCGAUCGCUAAUAUAAGUCGUAUUAUGAAGAAGGCCUUGCCUACCAAUGGGAAGAUCGCCAAGGACGCCAAAGAUACCGUUCAGGAAUGCGUUUCUGAGUUCAUUAGUUUCAUCACUAGCGAGGCUAGUGACAAGUGUCAGAAAGAGAAGAGGAAGACAAUUAACGGUGACGACUUGUUGUGGGCGAUGGCUACAUUAGGUUUCGAAGAUUACAUCGAUCCACUCAAAGCUUACCUAUCUAGGUACAGAGAGUUAGAGGGUGAUACCAAGGGAUCUGCUAGGGGUGGGGAUGGAUCUGGUAAGAAAGAUACGAUUGAAUCUCAGCUUCCCCCAAAUGCACAGUAUACUCAUCAAGGUUCUUUUACACAAGGCAUGAACUUCCUGGAUUCGCAAGUGUGAACUUUCAGGCAGGCAGGUAGGCAGGCAAAGGGUGGUGUUAAGCUAGGGAAGCAGGAGGUUGGGGUUCUUGUUUACUGAUUUAAAUUUCUGCGGUCAGUAAAUAAUGUUUAACACGACUUGUACUUUUUUUUUUCAUCU